AAUCCCAAGUUACUGAAGGAGGUGAGAAUUUCAGUGUUGGUCAAAGACAACUAUUUUGUUUAGCGAGAGCAUUUUUACGAAAAGCUAGGAUUCUAGUUAUGGACGAAGCUACGGCAUCUAUUGAUAUGCAAACAGAUGCCAUCUUACAAGAAGUUGUUUCCACAGCAUUUGGGGAUAAAACAGUUCUCACAAUAGCUCAUCGUGUCUCCACCAUCCUCAACUCUGACUCAAUCCUGGUACUUAGUGAUGGUAAAGUUGCUGAAUACGACACACCACAGAAUCUACUCAGGAAAGAAAGCAGUAUGUUUUCAUCACUUGUCAAAGGCUCCGAAGGUUGAUGUAGUCUUUAUUACAAAUAUCAAUACUAAGUAAUUACAUUUCAAUUUUAUCUCAUUAUAAAUGAAUGAACAUGUAAUUGAAUAAAACAUUAUUGUAUAAUUUUUUUCUUUACAUAAAUUUCCUUCGGUUGAAAUUUUAAAUAG